AUGGCUGGUGGCUUCGGCGGUCUCGUUGGAGGAGAAGGUCAGAAUCACAGGCCUCUCUCCAGUUUCACAUAUGGCAACAGGUAUUCCAAGUAUCCUGCACAUGGCUACGUUCGCGGGCAUCCUGGAGAGGGCAUGAGCAACCCGCCAACGUACCAGAUGUGUCGUCAAAUUGGUCAUGACUUCGCGGCAAUGAGAGCUACGCAGUACAGGACAAGCAGGACACAAUAUGAACACCAAGCCUUUUGCGAUGCUCAAGGUGCUUCGCGCACCACAAGCUUGCCAUGUCUGCAUCAAUCUGCCAAGCUUGGGUAUCGGCCAAAUCAGACCUUUGGCGAGACUCAUGCCAAGCGCAUUCUGGCUUCGCUGCCACCAAUCUCGCCGUGGUGA